CCUUCAUCAUCAUCAUCAACAUGGCUGCCGCAGACCAAGAAACCCACGCCAGGCCGGUCCGUCCUCGUUCCUACAAAAACAAGAGCCAUCAGCGCGGGUUUCUUGGAGCUGUGGGUGACUUACAGAAGGACGGGGUACUGCAGGAUGUCGUUCUUGAAGUCGAGGGCCGGCGGUUUCCCUGCCAUCGGCUUGUUCUAUCCGCGACCAGCCCCUACUUCAGAGCCAUGUUUACAAGCGACAUGGCGGAAAGUCGACAGGAAACGGUGCUUUUACAAGGUUUGGAUGCAGAUGUGUUAAAGGAGAUCCUGAGUUACAUUUACUCGGGAACCCUCCAUGUGUCCCUGGACAGUGUGCAGCACAUGUACCAUGCAGCUGACCUCCUGCAGCUGGACUAUGUGAGAGACUCCUGCAGCAGCUACAUGACCAGGAAUGUGGAGCGGUCCAACUGUGUGGACCUGUACAAGUUUGCUGAUGUCUUCUCUGUGAAGAUUGUCAUGAAAGCUUGUCUGCAGUCAAUUGCCAGGAACUUUACUGAGAUUGCCUCCAGUGAGGAGUUCUGCAGCCUGAGUGUGAAUCAGCUGACUGAGAUCCUCAGCCAUGAAGAGCUGGAUGUUGAGGAGGAGACAGCAGUGUGGGAGGCUGUGGUGAGAUGGGUGCAGCACAACAAGGAGGACAGACUGCAGCACCUACCCAUCAUCCUCCCUCACAUCCGCUUCAACCUGCUGACUCCGUACAACAUGGUGACCAUCCUAGACCACCCCCUGGUCAGAGAGGAUCCUGGGAGAUCGGCCAUCAGGAAUGUGGUAAAGGAGGCGUCCAACCAGAAGAGGAGGUUGGGGACGGACACACUGGAAAUGGCUCUACUUUUCCCUGAACGCUCAACUGAUGAGAUGCUGUGGAUAAACCCAGGAGAAGAUAAGUACAUCAAGUGUCAGUAUGACCUAUCUCCGCUUGCGGGCACUGUUACUCGUGAUAACGACAUCUACAUCCUGGCUGAAGCGUCACAGCGUAAUUGUGUCCUGUUCAAGUACAACCAUGUCCAGAACACCUGGGAACGGAUGUCUAAGGUACCAAGGGUGGUGGUGAUAGACCCACACUAUCCAGAAACAGACUACCUUCUGGAAAUCGAUGGUCACCUUUUUCACCUUCUCGUGACAAAUUCAGCGGUGGUGUUUAAGAAAUACAACCAUCUCACAAACAAGUGGCACGACUGUUCAAGGCCUCCCCACGAGAGGCUCAGCACGACGGAUGCAGUGGUGUCCUGCAAUGAUCGCAUCUACAUCUUCACGCAGACAGAUGUACUUAGUUACGACCCAAGGGAAGACCAGUGGUGCAGGAAAGCUCCAUCAGACUACAUUCAUCAAGUCUACAAUGCUGUUGCCAUGGGUACAGAGAUCUUCUGCACUGAUCUACUCUUUGAGAAGACAUUGGUGUAUGACACAGAGGCAGACAGCUGGUCAGAGCUUUCAGGGUGGCAGGACACAAUUCAUGGCAUUGAAAACAUCACUGUCUUUGUACUCAAGAACAAGCUGCAUGCAGUGGUAGACAGCUGGGAUGAGAUAAACAAGAUUCAACUGGUGUUUGUGUAUGACUGGGAUGAAGAUGUCUGGACUGAGUUGGCUACUUUGCCUCGUACUAGUGGUAGGGAUUGGGAUAUGUUUCGUCCUACGUUCCCUGUUGGUCGUAUGUACCUACCACAUCUGAAUGCCAGCCAAUAGUGCUGUUUACCUGAUACCAAUACCUGUACCUGUAGAAAUUUUUAGGUACAGGUCUGGACCUGAACGUCUAUUGGUAGUAUACCUGUACCUCAGCAAAAUUGAACACUAGUGGACACAAUAUUUUACAGGUAAAAGUUGUUUAGGUACACAGCUCUACCAGCCAUGCACCAAAUCCAGGGGCUCAUGGAGAGAAACCACGUUUCAAACAUGUCCAACAAACCAGAGAUUUGGAACAUUGUGGAAUGUCUUUGUGGAUUGGAUUUACAUUCUGUAGACUAAGAAGUCAAUUUCCUUGUCAAAGUUGAUUUAUAGUUGAGUUAUAGUUACUGUAGUUUCCAUGGAAUAGAGAGAAGGCACUGGUCACAUUCAAAUAUUUGCCUCUCCAGACCAAAGGCCUAGCAAAAUAAAUGCUGUGUUUCGAGUUUCAGUCCUGAAGAAAUAGGAUCAGUAGGUAGGGGUUUUCUUUUCCAUUAUUUUCUGUAUCUGUAUAACCGGUAUAACCGCCUUUCAGUGUAACACACCAGCUUCAGUGUAACACACAAGGUGCAGUGGCAGCUGGCUACAUUACACCGAUCGACUUGUUACACUAACCCUUGAACAUCUAACUCUAGACAUUGUUUAAAGCUAUCUAAUGAAAAAAUGACUUUUUAGGUUUCAGCUAAAGUGAUCUAACAAAUAAAGUUUUUAGUGCAUAGGGACUGUCUCAAUUCAAGGACUCAUCCACCUAUUUGCUUGUGAAAAAAUAUUCCACCCAGUUUACUACAGAAAAAAUUGCUUCUGAAAAUAUGUUAAAUGGCAUUUCAGAGGGUUUGAAAUUCAGAUGUCAGAUCAAAAAUUUUAUAUCCUUACCAGCGGUUGAUAAACAAUAAAGGCUAGGGUCAGCGGGCUUUUACUUGGGCCAGUUCACUCAGUUGGGAAACUGGAAACACAACAUUUUUCCUACAUGUUGACCUCAGCAGUCCUGUCAUACAGUAGUUUAGUUUAGGCCACAGCAAGUAAAUUUUAUGGAUGACAUCCUCAGCAGACCCAAUUCUUUAUUUCCAUACCAACAUUACAGACAUACUAUAUGGAAUUAUAAUGUUACCUGGAUGGUAUUGGUAUCGGCAUUUUAUAUUAUAAGCCUUGUUUUAAGAAAUUAUACCUGAUAUUGUGGUAGCCUGGCCUGACAGGCUUUUCCGUAAACCCUGUUGUUACUUUUUCUUAAUCCUCAGAAAAUGUAUGUGACUUGAUGAAAUAAAAA